AUGAGGAAACUGGCUGUCUCCGUGGGACAAACCCUUCUCCUGAUGACCCUCUUCGCUCUCCUGAUUUUCCAGGAACUACACAAGCAGCCUCUGAUCGACAAGCUGCACGACAGUCUCCGGUUCGCCACCAACGGACUCAAUCGAACACGUACUGCAUUCAGUACCUUGGGUGAACCAGUUCAACCAUCGACCUCGUCCUUCAGCUCUAAGCUUCCAUCCGCCACCGCGACUUUGAUCCAAGCCGAAGCUCAACAUCCUGGAGAAGGCGAUCGACCAACUGCUGCACCUCUUACUACACCCAUUGAGGUACAAGCACCCCAGGUGCUCCAGGUUGAUUGCAAAGACAGAGUAACAGAUCGCGACUCAUUCAACAAGGCAAGAGACUACGUCCACUCAAUCAUGAACGGCAGUGAUGGGGAUGUGCCACAGUUGGAGUGCCCUCCAUUGAACCCGAGCAGAUACCUCAGUCUCCACGAUCCCACUGCUUCCGCCCAAAAACGGCAGUUUUUCUUCGCAAUGAACCUCCAUCAGUCAGCCCACAUCAUUCCACAGCUUCUUGGAGCCAUCAUUGAGGUCGUUCGGUUCCUCGGUCCCAAAGCUUGUGUCAUCUCUGUGGUCGAGGGCAGAUCAACGGACGGGACGUUCGAAAUCUUGAAGAGCCUGGCAAAAGAGAUGGAACACCUUGGAGUGUCGUACUUCUUGUCUUGCAAUGAGCUGCAGCCCGGGGGAGAAGGCAUGGAACGUAUCUCUACCCUUGCUGAACUGCGAAACAGAGCUCUCUGGCCUUUGACGCAACAUGCACAAUCGUAUGACCCAUCAACCACGAUUAUCUUCCUGAACGACAUUGCACCAUGUGCCGAAGACAUCUUGGAACUGAUUUAUCAGCGAGCGUUACUGAAAGCCGACAUGACUUGUGGGAUGGACUGGUACAACUUGGAUGAUGGCGGCACAUUUUACGACUCGUGGAUCGGAAGACAGAUGAACGGCGAGACCUUCUUCGAGGUACCCCAGAGUACGUCGUGGGAUUUCUCCAAGAACCUCUUUUGGAACCAUGAAUCAAGCAAGUCACGAUAUUCGCUGGGGCAGCCCCUGCAGGUCUUCUCUUGUUGGAAUGGGGCCGUGGCUCUCACUGCCAAACCUUUCUUGGAGGCGAAGAUCCGGUUCAGGACUGAGGUAGAUGAGGAGUGUCACCUUGGAGAGCCGGUUCACUUGGCCAAGGAUCUGUGGAAGCUCGGUCAUGGCAAAAUCGCUGUUAUCCCGAGCGUCAACGUUGGGUAUUCGGUGGACGACUCGAGAAGAGCCAAAGAAGCGCAUGGUUCGGUGACAUCUGUGGCAUACAAGGAAUCUGUUGAGUUGAGCAAGAUUAAUUGGCAACAAAAACCACCAGGUCAGAUCAAAUGCUUGGGGACUUGGGACCGUCCAUCGUGGGAACCUUUCGAGCUCCGAGAAUGA